CAAAAAUGAUUUCACGCCGGAAGAUCAUAUCUCGUUCCCUGGAUAAUUUGGAUGCCGUCGGGCAAGACGAGCAAGAGGAGGAUGUGUGGCUUGAUCGCGAAAAGUUAUUUAGAGAUCAUAUCAACGAAGUGCUAGCCAAAUGGACGCAAAUCGAUGACGAAAUAUGGGCAAAGAUAAUUGUCUUUGAGAAAAAUCGCCGCGUUGCCAAGGCCUAUGCGCGCUCCUCUGUGAUAACUAUAAAUGGUUCCAAGAACGGUUUCGAUGGUGUACGCAUUGGCUUGAAUGGCUUUGAGAAUCCUAUGCGAGAUGCCGAAACAAAAGUGAUCAAAAAAUCCAUUGGAGAAGGUUUCAAAAUAAAAAUGGACGAUAUUGGAAAUAUUUUUAUUAAACGCUAUGGUAAGAGCAACGUCUAUGUCCAUAACACAUCGUUGGCAAACGAGGAGACCGUCAUCGGCGGUGACAUCAUGCAAAUGCCACAAAUGGCCUUAACCCCUGGCACAUCGGCUAAGCUCUUCGACAUGCGCAAAUAUACGACCAACAUAAAUCGCGAGUUCUCGCGCAGUUAUCCAGAAAGCAGCCGCCUGGAGCGACAAUGUCUUUCGGCCGUCUCGCUGGUCAAGUCAAAUAAUAAUCUAAUCAAUACGCCACUCUGGAUACUGGUCAUUAAUGUUGUAGCCAUCGAUAUGCUGAAGAAUCGCUUGCAGACGCUACCCAAGUCACUGGAUGCCCUGGGCAUGCGCAUGCCUCUGACCAACAGCAGUGAGGAUCCGUAUUCCACCAUUGAGAGUCAAGUUGGUCUCAUAUAUCCGACACCUGCCGCUUCCGAUGAUUCAAAUAACUCCAACAACUCGAGUAAAGGGCGUCGCAGCAUUUUCAGUGCCGGGUUUCUCGAUGAGAGUCCAUACGUGCCAAAGCCGGACUACGAGAUAUAUAAUAGCAACCAGGUGGCCACACCAACGCCCAUUUGCACAGACAAGAAGCGGCAAAAGAGCACGCAACAGCGCAAGAAACAGGAUGAUCCCUACUACUGCGGUCUUCUGGCACGCAUUCCAAAUUUCAUCAAGUCUUCGAAGCAGCAGUGCCCAAAUAAAUCAAAGAAGGAGCCCAAGAUCUCGCGUAAAAUUUCAGUCCAACAACAGCAGCAAAUUCUUUUGGCGGCUGGAGAGCCCCAACCCACGCCUCCCAUACCGAUAGCAACUUUUCAUCAUUCCUACUUCCCCUAUAAGCUGUACACCCCACAACACCGACUUUCGCAAUCGCAGCUCUCUCUGUGGGAUGCGCGCAGCCUUAUCAGCGCACAUGAAUGA